AUGAUGAACCAAGAGAAGUGGGCUAAUCUGAGUCCUUCCGAGUUUUCUCAGCUUCAGAAAUAUGCAGAAUAUUCAACAAAGAAAAUUAAGGAUGUUUUAGAAGAAUUCCACGGCAAUGGUGUGCUAGCAAAAUAUAACCCUGAAGGGAAGCAAGAUAUUCUUAAACAAACAAUUGAUUUAGAAGGUUUCAAGUUAUUUAUGAAGACCUUUCUUGAGGCUGAUUUACCAGAUGAAUUUUGUGAACAUCUCUUUGUAUCUUUUGGAAACAAAGCUCUUCACAGCAGUCCAUUGGUAAAGAAUAAAUCACCAUUCCUUCCAGGAGGUUUGCGAAUUGCUAAAAGCAUAACUACACAUCUUCAACAUCUUUCCACAAAGCACAUCCCAGAAGUAAUCCAGUUGAAAGAUAUUGUUUGUUACCUUUCCCUUCUUGAAAGAGGGAGACCUGAAGACAAACUAGAAUUUAUGUUUCGCUUAUAUGACACAGAUGGAAAUGGCUACCUGGAUAGUUCGAAUGUGAAGGAUGAUGGACAGCAUGUAUGGAGACUAAAACACUUUAACAAGCCUGCCUACUGUAAUCUCUGUUUGAAUAUUCUCAUAGGAUUAGGCAAACAGGGUCUCUCUUGUUCGUUUUGCAAGUACACUGUCCAUGAACGAUGUGUCUCAAGAGCACCAGCAUCUUGUAUCAAAACAUACGUGAAAUCAAAAAAGAAUACUGAAGUUAUGCAUCACUUUUGGGUGGAAGGAAAUUGUCCAACAAAAUGUGAUAAAUGUCAUAAAACUAUUAAAUGUUACCAAGGAUUGACCGGCUUACAUUGUGUCUGGUGCCAAAUCACACUACAUAAUAAGUGUGCUUCACAUCUAAAGCCUGAAUGUGAUUGUGGUAUUCUGAAGAAUCACAUUCUACCUCCUACCUCAAUCUGUCCAGUAGUAUUGGAACGCCAAGCAACAAUGAAAAAAGAAAGAAGUACCUGUCAACAAACAAACAAAGUAGGUGACCGAAGCAAGAUACAGAGAGCAAAUUCACUCACUAUUGAUGGUCAAGGCCUUCAGAUCACACCAGCUUCAGGUACUCAACCACUUCUAGUUUUUGUUAAUCCUAAAAGUGGAGGAAAACAAGGAGAAAGAAUUUAUAGGAAAUUUCAGUAUCUUCUGAAUCCUCGUCAGGUUUACAGCCUUGCAGGAAAUGGACCAAUGGCAGGAUUAAAUUUUUUUCGAGAUGUUUCUGACUUUAGAGUAUUGGCAUGUGGUGGUGAUGGAACCGUAGGCUGGAUUUUAGACUGCAUAGAGAAAGCAAAUUUGAUUAAGCAUCCUCCUGUUGCUAUUCUCCCUCUUGGAACUGGGAAUGACUUAGCCAGAUGUCUAAGAUGGGGAGGAGGAUAUGAAGGGGAGAAUCUUCUCACGAUUUUAAAAGAUAUUGAGAAUAGUACCGAAAUCUUGCUGGACAGGUGGAAAUUUGAAGUCAUACCUAAUGAUAAAGAUGAAAAAGGAGAUCCCGUGCCUUACAGCAUUAUCAAUAAUUACUUUUCAAUUGGAGUGGAUGCUUCAAUUGCUCACAGAUUUCACAUUAUGCGGGAAAAACAUCCAGAGAAGUUCAAUAGCAGAAUGAAGAAUAAAUUUUGGUAUUUUGAAUUCGGAACUUCUGAAACUUUCUCUGCUACCUGCAAGAAGCUGCAUGAAUCUCUGGAAAUAGAAUGUGAUGGAAUUCAGAUAGAUCUGAAUAAUAUUUCUCUGGAAGGAAUUGCUAUUUUGAACAUUCCAAGCAUGCAUGGAGGAUCAAAUCUUUGGGGUGAGACCAAGAAAAGACGAAGCUAUCAUCGAUUUAAAAAAAAUAGGCCAGAUAAAAGGAUCACUGUUACAGAUGCUAAGGAAUUGAAGUUUGCAUGCCAAGACCUAAGUGAUCAGUUGAUAGAAGUGGUUGGCCUGGAAGGAGCCAUGGAAAUGGGACAAAUAUAUACUGGACUGAAAAGUGCAGGAAGACGCCUUUCUCAGUGUUCUUCUGUUGUCAUUAGGACUAGCAAAUCUCUGCCUAUGCAGAUUGAUGGGGAGCCAUGGAUGCAAACACCUUGUAUAAUAAAAAUUACCCACAAGAAUCAAGCUCCAGUUCUGAUGGGGCCUCCUCCGAAAACUGGUUUCUUCUCUUCCAUCAUUAAAAGAACAAGGAACUACAGCAAAGAGUAGUUCAAAUCUUUCAAAAUCAAAUGAGCAGGGAUGUAGACUGGAAAUCUUUCAAGGGUUUUUAAAAUAUUCUCUACUGCAUAAUCAUAGAAGCAGGAAUAACAGUUGCUCUGACAGAAUUAAUGUAAAAUGAUGCUAUUAGAAUAAUUUGUUGCCACAGUUUUGUAGGCAUUUUGCAUGAAGAAAGCUAAUGUUUACAUAAACUGAUAAACCAUAUUUUUGUUGCAUGCAUUACAGUCACUAAUUUACAAUAUAAAUACACUAUGAAUGGGGGUGGGGAAAAUGCAACAAUGUUAGAAAUGUGAUUUUCAUACAAUAUGAUCUUCAACCUGCUUGCUCCAGUGUUUAGAUGAGAUAUU